UCAUUUUAAAAUAGGCCAUUACUCAUAGGAAAGGAAGCUGCAACAGUGACGGGCGAUUGAUGCAAUACUAACCAAAAUGUUUAAUUGUUAAAACUUUUCUAAACGUAUCUUGGUUUUUGACCAAUCAAUCAAUUUAAUCGUCUACUUUUCCAGUACAAAAUAUUUAGAAAAAUGAACAUUUGCACUACAACUUCCAGCAUACCCUCAAAAUCAUGUUCUGUCAAAACCAGUCACGUGAUGUGCUAGUCCGCUUGUAAACACUGCUCAAAUGCGGUUACUUCUCCUGAUUUCCCGUUUGACAAUACAGGAUUUUAGCAAAUAAUGGAGAUUGAAACUGCCAGACCAUACUUCUUUGGAGACAUAGGCUGCUGGUCCGAGAGGACCGAGGUGCACAAGGCGGCCUCCGAAGGGCAUGCUGCCCAGCUGCAGCAGCUCAUCCAGAAUGGCGCCUCCGUCAACAUAGUUGCUGUGGACUCCAUUACCCCCCUACAUGAGGCAUGUGAACGGGGACAGACACAGUGUGUCAGGCUGCUGUUGGAUGCUGGUGCACAUGUGGACGCCCGUAACACUGACGGCAGCACCCCUCUGUGCGAGGCCUGCUCGGUUGGGAGCUUCGACUGUGUGAGGAUGCUGCUGGAGCAUGGGGCCAAGGUGAACCCCACCCUGUCGUCCCGCACCACCUCCCCCCUGCACGAGGCCUGCAUGGGCGGCAACGCUGACGUCGUGAGGAUAAUGAUCGCUAAAGGUGCCAGUCUGGAGGCGUACGACCUGUACUACGGCACCCCGCUACAUGUGGCCUGUGCAAACCAACGCACGGACUGUGUCAAGGCGCUACUCAACGCCGGUGCUAAGGUGAAUUAUGCUCGGCUGCACAAAACGGCUCUGCACCACGCCGCUAAAGUGAAGUGUGUGGACAUGAUUGAGAUGCUGGUGGAGUUUGGGGCAAACGUCUUUGCCAAAGACAAAAACAACAAGAAGCCCAUUGACUACACUGAGCCUGGCUCUGCCGCUGCACUUUGCUUAGAGUUUUAUGAAAAUCCAAAGUGCUGGAGUACACAGACAAAACACAUCUUGUGUCACUAUAUAAACACCGUUUAUCCCUUCCCUCAAGUCUACUUCCAUUCGCUGUUCCUGAGGUUCAUAAAUGAUCGCCGAUACUCCAUUAAGUCUGCAACAGCUGAGCAGAGUGGCACUGAGGACGAUGCUGGGUACCAGAGCUCUGGAGGUCGUAGUUCAACUGGACAUACCAAAGCAAAUCAUCAGCUUCCUCUGUUACCACUGACCCUGACUGACUGGGACGCCCCGAGACUGAAACCUUUCAGUCAAACAUCACCAUUAACAAUAUGCUAGUCUGUACCAUAGGUAUCAAUAGAUAAGAGGCAUAGAAAUAGACAAACAGUGAAAUUACAUGUUUUCAGAUUGACACAGUAAUAGAAUUUUUAAAUCUGAGUUAUUUUCUCCUUGUCUUCAGAAUGUGCCAGAUCAACAUAUAAUGUUGUAAGAACAGAAGUGGACGACAAGGAUUUAAUGGGGACUUGAGUGGGUAGUCUCAUUUUAGAAUUUCAAUGUCUUACAUGAAACAGCAUCACAGAAUAAUGGAGGUUCUCAGGGAAGAGGAGGAGGAGAGAAUGGCCCUUUACCAGCAUCUUAGUCACCAUGACAACACAGCAGCAACACACCAGUCAGCAGCACAUUGAGGUUCCCCGGUACGUCCUUGGGAAUGAAAACAGUGUUGCAGAAGGAUGAACGGAAUUCCUAAUGACACUCUCCAGACGCUAGUGUUCCCUAGAUUCCUCUCUUUCACCGGAAGAGAAACCACACCUGACAACGGGAUGUGUUUUGGACGUUUUGGAGUCCAGGUGACCAGACAGGCAUGGUGGAUGCUUUUACUGUUACCUUGUCUUACUUGCUGCAUCCGCUCUUGCUGAUGUGUCCCAGGCCUCUCUCUGUGUGUGUGUGUGUGUGUGUGUGUGUGUUGUAUAAUGGAUUCCUCAGUUAUCCUGGGUCUGGUCGCUGUUUUGGUACUGUUGUUAUUUAACUUGUUAAACACAAUCUGUGGUUAUAACGGAAACGGAGCAAUGUGUCUGUCAUAAUCAAGGAGGAUGGUUUGUUGUAAAGGAAUGUCCAUUUAUCACAACGUUUUUUUUAAUGAAAAAGAUUACUUAAAUCAAAAAAAUAUAUAUCUUUUUAUAUCAGAUAACAAGGACAAAUAAGAACAGCACAUUUGAUUGCCUUCUCUUCAGAGAUAAUCCAUAGGUUUACACCAUUUGGAAAAAUGUCAGGUCUUUGUAUUCAAUGACAGAACUUAAUGCUUAUAUAUUUGGAACAGUUCUGUGGAAACAACAAAACGUCAUCUUUUGCCAUCUUAACUAUUGAGAACACCCAUAAAUACCUCCUUGAGUAAAAAUAGCUGCUCAUAGGGAAGCAGGAUGAAUGUCCUCUUAAAAAAGCCUUUCAAAUAACUUUCCCAUCGCUACUGCUUAAAAUACUCUAAGCAUGUAUAUGAUGAAAGCAUUUUUCUUAGUCGUUACAAUAAUAAAUGAGAGAAAAACAGUCUUGAAACAUUAUAAAUCAGCCGUUACAGAUUCAAGACUUCUGGCAGUUUAAAUACCUGAACUACAUCCACAGGUAUUCAAAACAUUAGGCUACAUCAGGUAUUUGGUGCCAUGAAGUCAACAGUCCAUCCAUCAGUCUUACAGUGUGUAUUAACAUUUGCCCUCAGUGAUAUACAUCCAGAUGAAACAUUCAUUCAGUAUUGGGUACUGUGAAUGCUGCCGAUACCCAUUUAUGAUUUAUGCAUGUAUAACUAAACUGUUGUCAAUGUACUGUGAGAAUUACAAUUGUUGAUGUGAACGGUAGACUACGGUUGACAUGCUCGCUGUCUUUGUCUUUUCUUGAAAGAUUAGCCUAGCUAUAUCAUAAUCACCUGUUUCCAUAGGUUGAAACUGUACGUCCAUCAUGUUGUCCAUCAUGUUGUCCAUCAGUGUCCACUAGGCUGUGCCAUAGAUAAGGAGUUUGUGUUUCAACAUUGAAACCUCCAGCACUCACUGUUCAAGUUAGAAACCAGCUGCCCUACCAGAGCGUCAGGCCAUGUUGCGUCACUGACAAAAUGAAAACAUAUGUUCAGUCGCUGUAGUAGACAAGGGGCUCUGUUUUUCUCAGCUAAAUUCUGGUUCUCGUAUGGAGAAAUGGUCAGCCUUAAGCCCUGAACUGUCCAUUCUAAGGAAUUGAUCUAUAAGAGGGGUUGCCCAAAUUAUCCUGGAAGUUCAGUUGUCCGUACACUUUUUGGAAUUUACUUCUUUGAUCAAAGACCACUAUAAAAGAGUUUCCCAAAUUCAAACAUGGGCUUGUGAAAGAGGGACAAAACCUUUUAGAACCAUCUGUUAUGUGAUAGCCUUUAAAUGGGGUUGUAAUAAACUGGUAGCUCUUUGAAACUACAACAUUUUAUGACCCCAUUCUAGGAAAGAUAAGACUCAGGAAUCGUGCCAAUAGAGCAGAAUGAGAGGACAAGACAUUAAAUCAGACUGGAUAAAAGAACAUCCAUGUCAGUGACAAUGUUCUUAUCUAAAUAUAAGCUGGGAGCAGCAAUGAAAGGGUUUCACGUGACACGGACAGUCACAGUGUAGUAACAUUUGAAUGCAGAAAUGUAUUUUCGUUAAACUGCUAAAAAUCAAUGUUAUUGGAUUAGAUGUGGCGGUCAGUGGAUAAACUGAUGAACGAGAGUUGAGCAUAUGCAAAAAAAUAAUAAUAAAUACAUGUGGCGUCA